CUCGCCCGCAUAAGCCGUAGAACGCGAAAUAUCAACAGCAUUCGAUCAACACACAUUCAGAGCCCAACAGCACCUUGCCUGUAACCAGCAACGUUCGCUUUACCGUCCGACGCCGGUUUGCAGUUUGAAUCCUAUCAGAAAAUUCUUCGGCUAGUUGCGAGCAUAGACCUACAGCAUCCUCUCCCUUUACAUCCACGAUACCCACUGUCACCGUCUCCGGAAAAUGCAAGCGCAAAGCCUCAUCCGUACUUCUCGCUCUAUCAUGUUGCGUCCAUUCCACCUCCGUCACACGCGCGGACAAGUCCGUACCUUGAACACCGACCCUCUUCCCCCCAAUUUGUCCGGUCCCGAAUUCAUCCGCCACGUCCUCUCCGAGUUAUCCAAACACGCUGACAGAAUUGGCGACCGCAUCACCACCCGCCUUGUCCUCACUGUGGUAUCAUUGGCGGUAGGAGUCGAUAUCGGUGUUCAGUCUCUCCUCUUCGGCAGAACCUUGACGGAUAUCAAAAAACAAACCGAUAAGAUUCCGGAAAUCAUGGAGAAGCAGGCACAUUUAGAGGGGAUUAUGGAAGGAAUGAG